AUGGAUGCCCCCAUUCGUCAUGGUCAGCAACAUCGGCAGUUGGUCACCCACAAAUGCGAUAAGUGCCUGAAAGAGUUUUAUCGUCGUGAUAAGUUGGUCGAACAUAGAGUGGUAUGUGACGAAAACACCUCGAAGAGGAAAUCUGAUGAUGCAGUUCACACUACUUCUAAGGCUAAACGGAGUAAAGUUGAUGAGACAGCUCACUCCUCCAAUAAAAUUGGCCAUAGGCAUAUGGUGAUGACGAUCCGUGUAAUCUUACAUCUGCUUUCGAGGAAAGUUUGAAGAAAAUUGAACUGAAACCGCGAAAGGAUCAAAAGCAUGAUAUGUCCCAAUUUCUGCGUGUUAAAUCCAAACCGAUUCUUAUUCAUCUAUCGAAAGAGCUGGAAAUGAAAAAAGGAUCGAAAUGGUUUAUCAGUGUGAAAGUGAGAUUUCUCAAACCCAAAGUAGACGGUGAAGAUCUAUUCAGUGAACCGCAUUUCCGCAGUCUGUGUACUACAACGGUUAAUGUUCACGAUGUGGAGAAACAAAUACAAGAAGCUUGCAGUAAAAUUAUCGAUUCCUUGGCGAUAUAUCGGACAGAAGGAAGCGGUUGGGUGUUGGACGAAAUACUUCAUUUAGACCUGAACAUGGCCAAAUAUACUCCACUGUAA